GAACACUGUACACAAAUCAACAUGUUCUCCAAAAUCGUAGCUCUUUGCGGAGUUAUGGCGGUGUGCCAGGCUGGUCUCCUGCCCGCCCCCGUGCACUACUCUUCUGCUGCCGCUGUCUCCUCCCAGAACAUCGUGCGUCACGACCAGCCUGCCCAACACGUCGCCUACCACGCUGCUCCCGCAGUCGCCUACCACGCCGCUCCCACUGCCGUCGCCUACCACGCCGCUCCCGCUCACUACUCUUCAGCUGCUGCUGUAUCUUCCCAAAACAUCGUGCGUCAUGACCAACCUGCCAAGCAUGUAGCCGUUGCUGCCCCAGCUGUGGCCUACCACGCCGCCCCUGCCGUCGCCUACCACGCUGCCCCCGCUGUGGCCUACCACGCCGCUCCCGCCCCUGUUGCCUACCACGCCGCUCCUGUCGUAGCCCACGCUGAAGAGUUCGACGCUCACCCCAAAUACGAGUACAACUACUCCGUAGCUGACAGCCACACCGGUGACAACAAGUCCCAGCAGGAGUCUCGCGACGGUGAUGUCGUGAAAGGCUCGUACUCCUUCCACGAAGCCGACGGCUCCGUCAGGACCGUGGAGUACUCCGCCGACGACCACAGCGGCUUCAACGCCGUGGUGCACAACUCCGCGCCCACUGCCGCUCCCGUGCACGUCAAGGCCGCUCCCGUCUACGUUGCGCCUGCUCACUAUGGAGGUCCUUAUGAGCGUAUACUGCUGAGCCACGGCGGCAGAUAUGUGAAUAAUCCGUUGUCGGAAGACGAUGAGUCCAGGUUUUAUCCUGUCAAUAAUGUUAGCCCUGCUUGGUGGAACCCCCUCCGCCACCUAAACUUAGAUAUUUGGAUUAUCAUUUCACCUUUAGAUCACAAAAGAAACAACAUGUUCUCCAAAGUGGUUGCUCUGUGCGCUUUCGUGGCUGCGGCCCAGGCUGGUCUCCUGGCUGCGCCUGCUCACUACUCUCCUGCUGAAGCAGUUUCUUCCCAGAGCAUCGUCCGGCACGACCAGACCCACGCUGCUCCCGUGGCUAAGCUCGCAUUCGCAGCUCCCGUAGCCAAGCUCGCCGUCGCCGCUCCUGUAGCUUACCACGCCGCUCCCGCUGUGGCUUACCACGCCGCUCCUGCUCACUACUCCUCUGCUGCCGCUGUCUCCUCCCAGAACAUCGUGCGUCACGACCAGUCUGCCCAACACGCUGCUCCUGCUCACGUUGCCUACCAUGCAGCCCCUGCCGCGGUCGCCUACCACGCUGCCCCAGCCCCCGUUGCCUACCACGCUGCACCAGUUGCCAAACUUGUCGCUCAACAAGAAGAGGUCGCCUACCCCAAGUAUGAGUACACAUACUCGGUUGCUGAUGGCCACACUGGUGACAACAAAUCCCAGCAAGAGUCUCGUGAUGGUGAUGUUGUGAAGGGCUCUUACUCUUUCCACGAAGCCGACGGCUCCAUCAGAACUGUAGAGUACACCGCUGAUGACCACAACGGUUUCAACGCUGUUGUACACAACUCUGCGCCCACUGCCGCGCCAGUCCACAUCAAAGCUGCGCCCGUGCUUGUAAAGGCUGCCCCUGCCCUCAAGUACUACCACCACUAAUGUACCAAAAACUUAUGCUUAAGUAAUAUUGUAAAUUGUUAUUAUUUUUGUACGUAAUACAAAACCAGUACGAUUCUAAAUUA